CCCAUCGGGCGACUCCUUAUCCGGCUCCUGAGACCAAGGCGUUGCCUCCUGUGAACCUGACUCCGGCUCCUGAGACCAAGGCGCUGCCUCCUACUACGGCCUCGGCUCCGAGUACUCCGGCUCUUGUGACUCUGACUCCUGCUCUCGUGACUCCGACUCCUGCUCUUGUGAACCCGACUCCUGUUCCUGUAUCCAAGACGAAGGAUCGCAUCGUGAUCACAAAGGUAGAAACUCUACCGCCUGGGAAACGUCUCCUACAGAACAAAUCCAAGACUAAGUGGAGAUUUACCCCGAUUGCCAAGUGGGGUCAUACUAACCCAGCAACACUACAAUCGGUGGAAAUAAGAUCGUCAACUAUACCGAGACCGACUCCAGUCCUACCGAGCCCUACACCAGCUCCUGUUCCUGAGGCUACAUCACGAGAUCCGAACUUGUCUUCCAAGGUAGAAACCUUUCUACCUUGGAAGCUAAUACCCAUCACCGGCUCCCGAAGACGUAUCAGCUCCUGA